AUGAUUCUGUCAACAGAAUUAUUUCGAAGGCCGGCCGAGGAGACCACUGGUUUCCGCUCUCGACUCCGAAAGGCAAACCCGUUGAAGGUCGUUUCUUCUCGAAACUCCCGCAAGAAAGCUCAACAGAACCGAGUGUCUAUUGUCAUGCCCACUGCUGGACACUCAGCCGUAUCGACUUCCCGCAACGACCAUGUUGCUGAAACUACCGUCUCCGCUCAACCUAGUGCGUCAGGAGGACAACUUCCACCUGCCUGGUCUUCUUAG